GAUCCUUUGCUGCACCCCGAAGCUGUCCGGCUGGCUCGGGGUGGGAGGGGAGGAACCUGGACGCUGCACUCUCUGGCUGCUCCGCGUCGCGCCCGCUCCUUCGCAGCCACGCGGGGCGCGCACUCCCACUCCCUCCGCGCGCGGCUCCGGGGCGCAAUGGACGCGGUGCUGCUCCUCAGCCUGCUGGAGGCCAACUGCAGCCUGGCACUGGCCGAAGAGCUGCUCCUGGACGGCUGGGGAGCGCCCCCGGACCCCGAAAGUCCCUACUCCUACUGCAACACGACCUUGGACCAGAUCGGGACCUGCUGGCCCCAGAGCGCUCCCGGAGCCCUAGUGGAGAGACCGUGCCCCGAGUACUUCAAUGGCAUCAAAUACAAUACGACCCGGAAUGCCUACAGAGAGUGUCUAGAGAACGGGACCUGGGCCUCAAGGGUCAACUACUCACACUGCGAACCCAUUUUGGAUGACAAGCAGAGGAAGUAUGACCUGCAUUACCGAAUCGCCCUCAUUGUCAACUACCUGGGCCACUGUGUUUCCGUGGUGGCUCUGGUGGCCGCUUUCCUGCUUUUCCUAGUGCUGCGAAGUAUCCGCUGCCUGCGGAAUGUGAUCCACUGGAACCUCAUCACCACCUUCAUCCUGAGAAACAUCACGUGGUUCCUGCUGCAACUCAUCGACCACGAAGUGCACGAGGGCAAUGAGGUCUGGUGCCGCUGUAUCACCACCAUCUUCAACUACUUUGUGGUCACCAACUUCUUCUGGAUGUUUGUGGAGGGCUGCUACCUGCACACGGCCAUUGUCAUGACGUACUCCACGGAGCACCUGCGCAAGUGGCUCUUCCUCUUCAUUGGAUGGUGCAUACCCUGCCCUAUCAUCGUAGCCUGGGCAGUUGGCAAACUCUACUAUGAGAAUGAGCAGUGCUGGUUUGGCAAGGAACCUGGUGACUUAGUGGACUACAUCUACCAGGGCCCCAUCAUCCUCGUGCUUUUGAUCAAUUUUGUGUUUCUGUUCAACAUCGUCAGAAUCCUGAUGACAAAAUUACGAGCAUCCACCACAUCUGAGACAAUCCAAUACAGGAAGGCAGUGAAGGCCACCCUGGUCCUCCUCCCCCUGCUGGGCAUCACCUACAUGCUCUUCUUUGUCAAUCCUGGAGAGGACGACCUGUCCCAGAUUGUGUUCAUCUAUUUCAACUCUUUCCUGCAGUCCUUCCAGGGUUUCUUUGUGUCCGUUUUCUAUUGCUUCUUCAAUGGAGAGGUGCGCUCAGCCCUGAGAAAGCGGUGGCACCGCUGGCAGGACCACCACGCCCUCCAAGUGCCUGUGGCCCGAGCCAUGUCCAUCCCCACGUCUCCCACCAGGAUCAGCUUCCACAGCAUCAAGCAGACAGCUGCCGUGUGAUCCUCUGUCACUGUCUGCCCAUCACUCCACCACCGAAGCCGCUUCCCCAUCCUUUACAGCCUUCCCCUGGGUCCUCCUGGCUACACUGACCCUUGGGGUGCAGGAGAAGUGUAGGGGGGAUGAUGAACUCUCCCACCUGGAAGGAAAGGAAAGCUAUGAAAUGGGAGGGGAGGCUCUGAAGGACGAGGGCCCAGUGCAGGCCACACAUCUCCAAGCAAGAGGGAGCAGAGGGACAUCACGGGACCCUCAGAAGGGGUACAUCGCACACCAUCAAGCCUCUGUGCACCCAGCCUCUUUUGUGGGGAUCCUCACUGCAGCACCCAUUUACAUCUGAAGAAACUGAGGCCCAGAGCAGGCAGGGGUCUCGCCAAGUCAUACAGCUACUUGCCCCACCCACAGCACCCACAGUUGGCUCUGCUUCUUUCUUUCCAUCUCCACACAUGGGGGGUACCCUCUAAAAGUGAGGAAGACAAGAAUGAGCUUAUCUGGCUUCAUCCCUGGGACAAUCUAGCGGAGAAGCCUCCCUCUUUAGUAGCAGCCCUUCACCGAGCUACCCCUCUUCUUCCUCAGUCCUCUUUCCGUGUGUCUCUAGGAGAAUGCUGGCUUCUCGUCGGCCAUCCCUCCUGGGAGACCCCCAUUCAGUCUGGGCUCAGUCUGGGGAGCUAGACCAUGGGAAGUGAGAUAGAUGGAAAGCCCCACUCUCAGGCCAGUCAUAUACACAGUGCUAGACAGAAGGAGAACAGGAGUGCCAGAGGGAGAAGGGUGAGGAUCCCUCAAAUCAGAGUACAUCUGGGAGUGACUGAAACAAGGACCCCCAGGUUUUCGGUGACAUCAGCUAGGCAUCUGUGGAGUUGACCACCUUCAAUUCAAGCAACUAGAUGUCAGGGAGAUAAUGUGGGGCAAUGACAAAGGCAGAAUGUUUGUAGGACAUUAGCCAUGAUCCUCUUAUGGCCUGGGCCCAAGCAGGCCUUCCUGUGGCCUGUGGUAAGCUUAGAGUCUUCAGGUUCGAAGGGCCUGAAGAUUCCUGUCACCCCAAAGGGUGGCAUUCGCUCCAUCCCCAGUGUAGAGCCCACCUGUGCUAGGGACUAAUAUUCUGGAACUGGGAAGGAGAGAAGGCAAGGCCCCUCCAGAUCCAAAAGCAAGAAGCUUGAUACAGGCUCCACUUCCAUUCCCCUGUCCCUGGAGCAGAAGAGGGUGGAGGGGAGCCGACAGAUUUGAAAAGGCCCCUUGUCUAAGCACUCCACAAAAAUAAACUUUGAAAUCUUAUCCAGCCUUACA